GAUCCCCUGGCCAAUCCAAAUGAGCAAUUGUCUCCUGGAGCGGAGCCCUCUUCUCUCCUGCUGAGCUGCUUCUGUAGCUCACCAGAGUCCCGUUGUCUUGAAUUCAAAUCCUCGGCUGCUGCUUGAUGAGAAAUCGAGCGGAGCUUAAAAAUUCCAGCUCUCAGCCACGGUACAGAUGUGGGGGGUUUGUCUCAGCCCAUUACAGAGCCAGCAGCCAGCUGCAAACCCAGCAUCUGGCUCUGGCUGCUGGCCUGGCCCUGCCCUGGAGCUCAGGGGGCGGUUUGGGUCUUGAUGGCCCCGGCUGGCAACGUGGAUCGUGGGCGCUCACUGGCUCUGCCCUGUCUCUGUGCCUGCCAGCAAAUCCCCAACGCGCACAAGGACUGGGUCUGCGCCCUGGCCUUUGUCCCCGGCCGCCCCAUGCUGCUGAGCGCCUGCCACGGGGGCGUGGUGAAGGUCUGGAACGUGGAGAACUUCACGCCCGUUGGGGAGAUCAAGGGCCACGACAGCCCCAUCAAUGCCAUCUGCACCAAUUCCAAGCACAUAUUCACUGCUUCCAGCGACCUGACAGUGAAGCUCUGGAGUAGGAGAAGAUUGCUGAACGGCCCGACCUAGGCACUGGAAAGGCCGGAGCCAGGGCGACUGUCAGGCUCCCUGGCGGGCCCAGGCCCCAGCCCCUGUCCCUGGCUGUGAAGAGCUGGGAGCGGCCUGGCCUGUGUGUGCUCCAGUUUCCAGGACUCUGGGGUGACGGCGUCUCAGCUGGGGCUUUGUGAACUGCCAGCUCCCACGGCUAGGGGGCGUCGUUCCCGUCCAGUCCCACGCUGGGUUUCCAUGAUGCAUAGGGCUUUCUGCUGACUGGGGCGUGGCCAGGCAGUGCUUCAGGACAUGGCCUUGCCAGCCACGGGGAGGACCCCAAGCUGAGAGACUCAACAGGAUCAUUCCCGUCUGUCCCGCAGCCCGUUCAGCAGCCCCAGAGCCUGGAUGUGCGAGAGGGAUCCUGCCACCUGCAUCCUGCUGCUGGCCUCUGCACCUCCUGGGUGCCUGGGGUCUCAUUCCUUCUGCAAGCGGCUGCAGGCCCCUCUCCACACUUCGUCGUUCAGCAGAGCUGGGAUCUGCCGGCCGGUACCGAAAUACGGAGAGGGCUUGUGUGCUGCCGACCCCAGCCUAGCACCAGCAGCGUCCAUGGAGCACCGCUGGGGAAUGACCCGCUCCCAAAGACGGCUUCUGAGCCCCGGCACUGCACUGGGGCUCCUUGCAAGGGGCUCCGGCAGCCGCUCCAUCGCUGGGUCUCCUGACCAAAUCCGCAUGCUGCCUGGCAAUUGUCGACCUCUGCAUCUGACCCACCUCGGUUCGGAGCCAGGAUGCCCCCCCUUCUGCCCCGGGGGUGGAGAGAAGGAAGCUGGCACAUGGGGAAAAUCCCUGUGGGCGUCUCCAAGGAAAAGCGGAAUUUCUGGAUCUGUUCACUCUGGGUACCCCCUGACCUGACUGAGCCUUAAUUCCGCACUGGUCUGUUCACUCUUCCCUGUGGUCCCCUCACUGCCCAUUUGGACACCCGGCU